UUUCCGGUUUGAUUUACGCAUGUCCAAAUUUUUUUUACUACACGUGAGUUUUGUAAUAAAGUGCCGAUCGCAAACAAACACAUCAAAUAACGAUGUCAUGGCUUUUUGGAAUGGGAGGUGGGGGACAGGGACCCCCACAAGUCCCCGUACCCCCGCCAGGAGGUGAUGGGAAGGGGGGUUCUGAGCCGCCGAAGCAAAUGACGAAGUCUGAGAUGGAAGCCUAUAGAUUUGACUCUGCAGCAUUAGAACGGGCAGCUCAGGCUGCUAGAGAGCUAGAAAAAUCAAGAAAUGCCAAAGAAGCAUUGGAUUUGUCAAAAAUGCAGGAAGAAACAAAACAAGUCGAGGCAAAGGCGAAAGCAAAGGAAAUGGAAGCUCAUAUUGAACAAAUGAAACUUCAAGCAAUAAAAGUGCAAGAAGAGGAGAGGAGAAAAACAAUGUCAAAAGAAGCAGAACUUCACCAACAGAAAGCCCAGUACCAGGAUCAACUGGCUCGCCGGAGAUACGACGAUCAACUCUCACAGCAGGCAAGACUGCAGGAAGAAAAUCUUAGAAAACAAGAAGAAUCUGUAGCUAAGCAAGAACAAAUGAGAAAAGCCACACUAGAGCAUGAAUUUGAGCUCAGAAGGAAAAAUGAACAAGCCAGGAUAGAGGCUGAGAUGAAGGCUAGGGGUCAGAUGGAGAGAGAGAACAUUGAUCUAAUCAAGGAGCAAAUCAGACUGAAGGCAAAGGAGAAGAGGGAGACGGUGCUAGAGUCCAUCAAAACAGCUGGCUCAGUGCUUGGUACAGGAUUUCAAGCCUUCAUCACAGAUAAAGACAAAGUGGCAGCUACAGCUGUUGGUCUAACCAUGGCAGCAGUGGGGAUAUAUGCAGCCAAACACGGAACUGGUGUGGCCGCCCGUUACAUUGAGGCCAGGCUGGGGAAACCGUCACUGGUCCGAGAAACCUCCCGACUGACCGUAGGAGAGGUCAUCAAACACCCAAUAAAGACAAUCAAGAGAAUUGUCAAUAAACCUGAGGACGCACUGAAAGGAAUUAUUUUAAAACCAGAACUUGAAGAAAGACUUAGAGAUGUUGCCAUAGCAACAAGACAUACAAAGAAAAACAAGGGAUUUUACAGAAAUUUGUUAAUGUAUGGUCCACCAGGCACAGGGAAGACAAUGUUUGCCAAGAGCCUUGCCCAGCACUCCGGUAUGGACUACGCGAUUAUGACGGGGGGAGAUGUAGCCCCCAUGGGCAAGGAGGGGGUCACUGCCAUGCACAAAGUCUUUGACUGGGCCAAAGCUAGCAGGAGGGGGGUGCUUUUAUUCGUUGAUGAAGCAGAUGCUUUCCUGAGGAAAAGAAACAAGGAACUCAUCAGUGAAGAUAUGAGGGCCACCUUAAAUGCAUUCCUUUAUUGUACCGGAGAACAGUCUAACAAGUUUAUGUUGGUACUUGCCAGUAACCAGCCUGAACAGUUUGACUGGGCGAUUAACGACAGAAUAGACGAGAUGGUAGAGUUCAGUGUCCCUACACUAGACGAGAGAGAACGAUUGGUCAGGCUCUACUUCGAACGAUUUGUCCUUAAACCUUCCAUGGAGGACAAAAGGUUAAAGUUGGCCGAGUUUGACUACAGUGCUAAGUGUACAGAAAUAUCAUUAAAAACAGAUGGGCUGUCGGGGAGAGAGAUUUCCAAGCUUGGUGUGGCCUGGCAGGCCACAGCGUACGCCUCAGAGGAUGGAGUCCUAACAGAACAGAUGAUUGACGACCGAGUGGACGACGCCAUCAGACAGCACAAGAAGAAGGAUCUCUGGCAGCUGGAACAGGAGAAAAAAGAGGAACUAGAAAUCGGCACAGCGUACACGUCAGAGAAAGACAUGGCAGCUGAUUUAACGGCGCCACAGAGCAAGCCAGGGGCCGACCAUAGUAAAAAAUCACCGAAAACGGAAGACGACCAAAGUAAAGAACUGUCACAAGAGAAGACAGACAAAAGUACAAAACCCUCUAAACCCAGCUAACACCAGUAUCACUGUAGAGGAAGACAUUUAUCUUAGAAUUUAUAGAGGGACAGAGAAAAAGCCAGAGAUUUAUAGUAACCGUAAUCUGGUUGUUCUGUAAUUUUGACAGAGUGAAUGGCAACCUCUAUUUAAGUCCAAAAUAAAGAAUAUUGGCAAAUAUUCAAUAAAAUCAGAACUAUCAAUUAAGGUAAUUAAUGAAUAUUUGCCAUACAGUAUAAAAAAGCUAUUUGAUGUGAUUAUAACAGACAGUACAGACAAUUAAUCAAUCAAUCCAUUGAACCUGUUACAGAAUCCAUUCUAUUUUAUGUGAAACAUGAGUGCAUUUUUUAUUGAAGAAAGAAAAACCCAUACAGUAUCAAUCAUUCAUGCAACUGCAUUGAUAGGUAUAUACAUUGUAACUGCCAAGUGUUUUUAAGUGGUUGAGUAGAUUUAGUUGUUUUGAAAGAUUGGUUGUUUAAGGGCAGGCAUCAGAAAAGUGUGCUUUUUAAAAAUAUAAUGUACAUGCAUUAUUUUUUAUGCACUUAUUAGAAUUGAUAAAUAAAAUGGUAAUACAUGUACUUGUAUAUGUUAUCAUAUAAUUGUAACACACAUUGUUCCCUUAUUUAAUAUUGAAACAUCAGUACUUUGAAUGCAUAUAUAUUUCUGUUGUCCUUAGAUAUUGUAUGUAUGACGGUGAGGUUAUUCAUAAAACAAAUGAAACAGUC